GCGAUUGCCUUCACAUUCGAAAGUAUACGUGCGAUUCACACAAGUUUGUCUAUCGUUUUCUAUUUUUAUCAAAUCCUGAUUGCAUCUAUCUAUCUAUCCCAGUCACUCAUCUUUCCUACCACGUUCGGAAAGCCGUGUCAUCGCGACACUUCAAUAUUGUACAUGCUUUUAAUGUUUGGCACACUUUGGCUCGGCUUAUUUCUAUACAAUUUCAGAAAGACGCCUUACUUGACACGUUCUCGUCGUGAAUGGUUAGCAGACUAUGCUUUACCGGCAUCCGUUUUGAUCAUGUCGUUUACGGGUGCAUAUUGCUUUUCGGAUAUUGAAAAGGAUAAAUUCAAGAUGCGCGACGAGAUGGCUUUGUUGGCCGUAGCGGAUAUUUUCUCGCUACCAUGGCAAGGCUAUUUUGUGUGCGCUCUACUCGGUUUUUCGUUAUCGUUUCUUUUCUUCAUGGACCAAAACAUCACCUCAGCAAUUGUAAAUAAUCCACAGAAUAAGUUGCGAAAGGGUUCGGCUCAAAAUUUGGAUUUGUUUGUAGUAGCAAUAUUGAAUUGUUUCUUAUCGAUCAUGGGUCUUCCGUGGAUACACGGUGCGUUACCUCAUUCUCCUCUGCAUUUACGUGCGUUGGCCGACGUCGAAGAGCGAUUGCUUCAGGGCCACGUUCAUGAAGUUAUAAUGAACGUUCGAGAGACACGUUUAGCGACUUUGAUAGCACACACAUUGAUAUUGAUCUCCACCUAUACACUACUACCGUAUCCACUGAGGUGGAUACCAACAUCAGUACUUCAUGGUCUAUUUCUUUAUAUGGCGUUGACGUCGUUGGCUGGUAAUGAGAUGUUCGAACGAUUACUGCUGCUUAUCACUGAACAGCAAGCCUAUCCUCCAACCCAUUAC